ACUCUCGUCAGUCUGUAGUCUACUUUCGCGCGCCUCUGAAGCGUUACGCUCAAAUAAUCACAAACGUAAACAAAUAGUUUAAUUACGUGCCAGUUACAGUGGAUUAAGUAUUACCGUUUAAAAUGGUCGGUCGACCGAAGUCGCCGUGUGAGGCGCUGAUACCGCAGUUUUACGCCGGCCGCUCCGUCUUCAUCACCGGAGCCACCGGACUCAUGGGAAAGGUGCUGAUAGAGAGGCUGCUGUCCACAUGUCCUGACAUCGGCAAGCUCUACCUCCUCGUGCGGCCCAAGAAAGAAGUCCUGCCUGAAAAACGCCUUCAAGGACUCAAAGAUUCGAUGGCGUUCGCGAACCUCCGUCAGCAGCGGCCAGCUCAGCUGGAGAAGCUGUGCAUCAUCCCUGGAGACGUCAGCCUGCCCGGCUACGGCCUGUCUCCGGAGUCACUGCAGCAGCUUAAAGAAGUGUCCAUUAUUUUCCACUCGGCGGCAACGGUGAAGUUCGACGAACCUCUACCAGCUGCCGUCGAGAUGAACAUCAAAUCCGUCAUCAGGCUGAUGGACAUCUGCGAUACACUACCUAAACUGGAGACGCUAGUGCACGUGUCGACGGCGUACAGCAACCCGGAGCGCUAUGUGGUGGAGGAGCGCGUGUACGAGCCGCCCACAUCAGUCGACAAGCUGCUCAGCGUCGUCGAGUGUUUGCCGCAACACAUACUUGACACCGUCACCUCCAAAUUUAUCAGCCCCAAGCCCAACACAUACACGUACACGAAGGCGAUGGCGGAGGUGGUCGUCAACACGCGACCAAAAAGGCACUACUCCGUUGCCAUAUUCAGACCUACUAUUGUGAUAAGCGCGAAGCAGCAUCCGUUCCCAGGCUGGAUAGACAACCUGAACGGUCCCAGCGGGGUCAUCGUGGCGUCAGGCAAGGGUCUCCUGCACGUGUUCCUCCGCUCCCCUGAUGUUGUCGCUGAUCUCCUGCCUGUCGACAUCGCCAUUGACACAAUGAUCGCGGUCGCCUGGGAGACUACAGUUGACAAAUUGCCGGAAGCUCGAGUGUACAACUGCAGCACAUACGAGAACCCCACUUGCUGGGACCAAAUGGAACGAAAUUUACGCAGGAAUUUCCCCAUCACACCCUUGGAUGAUGCGCUUUGGUAUCCCAGUGCUUUCUGUGUGUCUAACACGUAUUCAUACAUGUUGCUAGUGUUUCUACUGCAAACGUUACCACUGACUCUUGCGGAGUACGUAACACGUAUAUUCGGCAUGAAGAUGAAAUUUAACUUGGUAAUGGUCGAGCAGAAGAUUCGGAAUAUGACAGAAGUUCUAUCAUUCUUCUCCAUGAGAGAAUGGCAGUUUAGAACUGACAACGUGUGCAAGCUCAGGGAUCGACUUACGCUGAGCGAUAAGGCAAUAUACAAUUUGGAUCCGAAGAGCAUAAACUGGGAUGAGCAAUAUGCUUCUUUUGUGCUUGGAGUAAGGAAGUACAUACUCAAAGAAAAGGACGAAAAGCUACCAGAAAGCAGACGACAUCUUAACAGACUAUACUACCUACACAAGUGCGUGACAGUUUUCUUCAUAGCGGUGGCGGUGCGGCUGAUCAUGCAAAAUCACUGGAUCAGGACGAUAGCGAGCGACGUAGCCAGAGUCACCUUCUUCGUGAUAUUCAGUUUUAUAUCACAGUUUGUGGAGCUAUCAUGAGGAUUGUGAACUUGUUUUGUGUGUUAAGAGACAUUGUAAAAAGUAUUGUAAGAGAAAGACUAUUGAAUGUUUAGCAUGGAAAGUGAAAAUUGUCUAAGGAAACAUACU